UAAACAAACACACACUGGGCAUGCGUCACUGGAAAAAUGGAGGACUGUCUUUGCUACCCGGACUGAUGAUGUCUGUAUUUCUACUCUACUACCUGUGAUCUGAGAAAAUAACAACUCGUUAACAUUUCAGUGUGAGUUUAGGUCAAAAUCCCAGGAUGACCACAGACAUGCCAGCCCAAAGCUUGGGCUCGAGGAUAAUGACUUUCACCCCCUCCAAAGAGGAGUUCAAGGACUUCAGCCGGUACAUUGCAUAUAUGGAGUCGCAAGGAGCACACAAAGCUGGAAUGGUGAAGGUUAUUCCACCUAAAGGCUGGAAACCUAGACGAACAUACGAUGAUAUCGAUGACCUAGUGAUUCCCGCUCCCAUUCAGCAGGUGGUGACCGGCCAGUCAGGACUGUUCACACAGUACAACAUCCAGAAGAAGCCCAUGACCGUCAACGAGUUCCGCAAGACCUCCAACAUGGACAAGUUCUGCAAUCCCCGAUAUGUGGAUUUUGAGGAGCUGGAGAGGAAGUUUUGGAAGAACCUGACCUUUAACCCACCACUUUAUGGUGCCGAUGUCAGUGGAUCGCUGUAUGAUCCAGAUGUAACCGAAUGGAACAUUGGCCGUCUCAACACCAUUCUGGACACUGUGGAGAAUGAGAGUGGGAUCAAGAUCAAGGGAGUGAACACACCAUACCUCUAUUUUGGGAUGUGGAAGAGUGCCUUUGCGUGGCACACAGAAGACAUGGAUCUGUACAGCAUCAACUACCUGCACUUUGGAGAGCCGAAGUCCUGGUAUGUUGUCCCACCAGAGCAUGGGAAAAGACUGGAACGACUUGCCAAGGGUUUUUUUCCAGGCAAUGCUCAGAGCUGUGAAGCCUUCCUGCGCCAUAAGAUGACUUUAAUUUCCCCGUCAAUCCUGAAAAAAUAUGGCAUACCUUUUGAGAAGGUCACUCAGGAGGCUGGCCAGUUCAUUGUGACGUUCCCAUUUGGCUAUCAUGCUGGUUUCAACCAUGGUUUCAACUGUGCUGAGUCGACCAACUUUGCCACCCAGCGAUGGAUUGAUUACGGCAAACAGGCAACGCUGUGUUCUUGCCGUCAGGACAUGGUGAAGAUCUCCAUGGAUGUGUUUGUACGCAGGUUUCAGCCUGACCGUUACAAGCUGUGGAAAGCAGGGAAAGACAACACUCCUAUCGACCACUCCAAACCCACACCAGAGGCUGCUGAGUUUUUAAAAGAAGACAAGACAGAAACUUCAAAAGAGAGUGCCACUGAAGCUGGAUCUGAGGACCCCACUACUCCUGUCCAGGAGGACAAAAGUCCAAAGCCUCAAGCUGGGACAAAGCGUCAGCUUGAAGCUAUUGAAGCCUCAGAGGACAUCAAACCUGAGCUGACACUGAAGGAGGAGGUGGAGCCACAGAGGGCCAAGCUGUCACGCAAGGAGUCUCCAACUAAAGUCCCUGCCAGGCCAGAUAAAGUCAAGCCCGAGCCUAAGAAGGGGAAAGACUCCAAGCCGCAGACUAAACCUCAGUCCAAAGCCAGCACUAAGAAAACUUCAAACAGACGAAGUCCAUCAAAAAAAGAGAAGAACGGCAUGUUGGAUGCAGACGUCUGUCCUCCUGAGCCUGUUGAGAGCCAGGUGGUGGCUCUGUGCUCUGAGGAGGCAGGCAGCAGUGAGGAGCCUCAGCUGGGCAGCAGCUGCAGUGCACCACACAAGCUGUUUCAGAGGACGCUGAGCCCCGCAGACGUCCUGCACGUUCACAGCUAUGCCAAAGGAGACUACGGAGAUGGAGAAGCCCCGUCCAAGGAGGACAAGAAGAGUGAAGGCAGUGACAAUGAGACAGAGAAAGACAACAGCCAUGUUAGCAAAGCACAGGUGACAGAAGAGGAGGCUAGAGAUGGGGAGCCAGAGAGUGAUCUAGGGCAGCUGCCAGGCCACCAUCCACUCAUAAAGGACGGUAUGAGUGAUGAAGAGGCUCCACAGGAGGCCCCCCCAGUAGAAGAAGGUGGUCUGGAAGGGGAGAGCUGGGCUAAACCUCUGGCUCACCUGUGGCAGAGCAGACCUCCCAACCUGAAGAAAGAGAGGGAGUACAACCAGCGCAUGGGUUCCAAACCUCCAUAUUGCUCCAUCUGCAUGCUGUUCCGCACAUACCAGCAGACUGAAUGUGCAAACAGCGUCGACAGUCCUGUCAUGGUGGCUGGUGGGCGGAUGCGGACCAAACCUCUGAUCCCAGAGAUGUGUUUCACCACCACCACAGAGGAGGACUCUGAGUGUGAGGAGCAGCCUGUCACACCUCAUCUAGAGGAAGAUGGAACCAGCCUCCUCAUCAGCUGCUCUCAGUGCAGCGUCCGCUUUCACACCAGCUGUUACGGUGUGGAUCCAGCCAGUGUGAGCAAGGACUGGAAAUGUGCGCGCUGCAAGGCCAACGCCAUGACUGAGAAUUGCUGUUUGUGUUCGCUGAGGGGCGGAGCCUUGCAGAGAGCCAACAACAACAAGUGGGUACAUGUGCUGUGUGCAGUGGCUGUGCUGGAAGCACGCUUUGUCAACAUCACUGAAAGGAGUCCUGUGGAUUUAAGUGGAAUCCCUUUGCAGAGAUUUAAACUGAAAUGUUACUACUGUAAGAAGCGAAUGAAGAAGGCAUCUGGUUGCUGUGUGCAGUGCUCUCAUGGUCGCUGUCCCACUGCCUACCACCCCACCUGUGCCCAAGCUGCUGGAGUACUCAUGCAGCCGGAUGAAUGGCCCUUUGUGGUCCAUGUUACGUGCUGUCGUCACAAAGGCCCCACUCAGAUUGAGCGCAAUAAAGCAGCCAUGCAUGAGCUGACUGUGGGACAGAAGGUGAUAUGCAAGCACAAGAAUGGUCGCUACUACCAGUGUGACGUGGUGCAGCUGUCUAAAGAAACGUUCUACGAAGUCAACUUUGAUGAUGGUUCCUUCAGUGACAAUCUCUUCCCCGAAGACAUCGUGAGCAGAGACUGUGCUCAGCUUGGACCCCCGCCGCAGGGUGAAGUGGUUCAGGUGCGAUGGACAGACGGCCUGGUGUAUGGGGCCAAAUUUGUGGCAGCUCAUGCCAUCCACAUGUACCUGGUGGAAUUUGAGGAUGGGUCGCAGCUAACUGCCAAAAGAGACGAUGUCUAUGCUUUGGAUGAGGAACUUCCAAAGAGAGUCAAAUCCAGACUGUCUAAAGCAUCAGACAUGAGAUUUGACGGGAUCUUUGAAGAGAAGGAGAUCAUCAAGGAGUCAAAGAGACAGAGAGUGAUCAACUCCCGUUACAGGGGGGACUACAUAGAGCCUGUGAUUUACAGAGCCAUCAUGGAGUAACCCUCACUGCUGUCUGCUCGCCCACACACCACCAGCACUGACAGACUGAACUGUGCUCACUGUACCUUAAAUUAGCAGCUAGCCACUGAGAGAGUGGAGCUCCAGAUGACUUCUUCAGGACCACUUUGGACUGUUAUCUAUUUUUUACUUCUCAUUCAUUCAUCUUUGUCAAGUCAGAGAUCGUUCUAUUUGCUUUGUUUGACUUUGAUCAAGGAAACAGCAGUAUUUUGUAUUAGAGUUUUACCACAGGACUCCACACCGUACAGUAGGCUGACGUCCAGCCCUCGCAGUACAUACCUGUAGGUAGCAAUAUAAAAAUGGCAUUUGUUCAAUAAAGUAGCAUUUUGACAGUAUAUAAAGAAGACCGGAGUUCAACUUUAAGCUACAGUAAUGUAAAAUGAAUUUUGAGUGUUUACCUAAGUUUAAACGAUAACAUUAGCGUCAUUUCAUUUCUUUCUUGCUGCCAUUAGUGCCUAUGAUACGGAACCUAUCAGUUAGCUCAAAAGUUCAUCCUCAUAUUUAACUUUGUGAACGACAACAUUGUGCCCUCAAAUGGCUGAGUUCAUUCUUUCAAACGAACAGCCUUCUUGCAAUUAUUCAUUUAGUUCUUGUCUUCUCAACAAAAUUUAAUUUUAUAAUUCUGUUGUGUUCCCAAAUGAUGCAUUUGUGGGAUAUUGUGUGCCGGAAUUAUCCUAAAUGUUUUGGGCUGCAACAAGCAAUUUUUUAAUAAUUAAUCUGCCACUAAUAUAUAACAGUUUGUCUAUACAGUGUCAGAAAUUUGCGAAAAAUGCUCAUCACAAUUUCCCUGAGCUCAAACUGACAUACUCAUAUUUAGUUUUUAUUCAGUUUAGAAUAAUAUUAAAAGAAGCACAAUCUAAUGUUAGCUCGCCAUGCUGAAUUGGCUACAUGGUUUCUUUUGCUCUUCCUCCUGGGCUUUGCGCAUCUACUUGCGACACAUGGACAUAGAUGAUUUAUGCAGUCAAAGAAAGACGUUUCCUAUUAAAUUACAUUUGAAAAUAAUCAAAUCAACAUGAGGCCUGUCUCAACAGAGUGAAAAACGUCCUGUAUCCAACCAGAAAGGUGCGGAAUGGGUCAGGUAGCAGAGUUUUAGGCUUCAUCAGCUCCAUUUACUUGCUGUAUGUAAUGUAAUUGGCUUUAUGAACCGUUUAAUAACACACAUCACUGAAAAAAGUGUUUUUCCUAACAUGAGUUAGAAAACCAUUGGCCUGGCUAGACUAUUUACAGGCUUAAAUCAGAAAUUAAAAUUGAACUGGUAAUAUCCUUUCAUUAAAGGAAUACUUCACCCAGACAGUUUGUAUCAGUUAGCUACUUGCCUCUAAUAGCCUGGAAUGAUGACAGAAUGUUUGAACUUAGGGUCCUUCAUGAAAAACAGACGUGGCAGCCAUUUCUUGCAGCGAUGAAGUUACAGAUAGAUUACAGCAAACACACACACAGACAAAACACCUCAAGUACUGGCUAUAGCUUGACGUUUUGCUAUACUAGUGCAAGUACAGUUCCUGAGUUUCUGUACUUUUUUGAUACCGUAAUAAUUUUGAAGACUUGCAGAUUUGUGCACUUUUUGGGUGAAACAAUAGAAGUUUUUAAAUUUUGUCUAAACACAAGUAGCUGCACAUGAACUUCACAUCACCUAAUAUUGGCAAAAUAUUCAGUUGUAAUCAGGAACUAUCUAAUCAUAGAGUUAAGUAAACAAGAUUACAAAUCUGACCAGCUUUUUGGUACCUUGCAUCUUUCACAGCUCAAUGCUACAGACACAUUUUGGUUACAGUCCGAAUAUUUGAGAGUUUAGAAAAUUCAGGGUUUUUUUAAACAAACAUUUCUGAUAAGGCCAGGGCAUUCAUUUGUGACCUUAUAAAAGUAGUUUGAUGGAAUAGUCUUGUCUCAAAGGUCCACUUACUAGCUUUUGUUGGGGCUUUCAACUGCAAUUUGAAGCUCUAUAAAGACGUGCAAGUGGUCUUUGAGUUGAGAUUAUUCUGCUGGACAUAAAUUUGAUAUUUUAAAAAAGUGUGACCAAGGCAUGUACUGAGCUGACAUUGACAUUUUACAGUGUAAAAAUAAAUUUAGGUUUGAUACAAUGUGCAAUUUCUUUCAUUUUUGGAUGUUUUUACUGAGCAGUUUUUCAUAUUGUUGUGAUGUUUGGAUCUCCGGACAACUUUAGUAUGUCAAGAAACUGCUUGCCCUCUAAGCAUUCCAGACUACAUGGUUGUAAAAUAUGGAGACAAAAAUAAUAAGGAUGAAGUAUUUCUUUAAGUGGGAGCAAUGCCGUUUAAACCAUUGAUUACGCUUUCUCUUUAAGUGUAACUAUGAAUUGCAUUCCUUUACAUUUAAUGUAGAGCAAGUGAAUACACCUUUUACAUGUUGACUUGUUUUUACAAACCUAUUUUUUAAGGUGCUUUGAGAAAGUAACAUUGCAUUACACGUGAGUCUACAGUAAUACUGCAGAGGCUGAGGUUGAUGAUGGUAUGUUCUAUUUUUUCUACAGGAUAUAGAUGCAUUUUAAAGAACCCAUUCAGAUUUUUUAUUGCGCUUUGUCUACCCAGUUUUUUUCCUCACUCUUCUACUGAAAGAUGUGCAUUGCACUUUUAUUUAAGUCCUGUUUGCAAGGACAUUUGAAUAGUGUGUGCUGCCAUUGCUAAUUUGUUUAAAUCUGUUUUAUAAUGUUAAUUGUACAUUUAUAAAAUGUUUUAUGGAUUGUGCGCCCUUCCCUCUUGGCCAAGCUCAUUGAUCACAUUGCACUUGCUACUGGGACAUGGUGGCCUUCAGAUGUCAUCAUUUGCCUGUGAACUUCUUGUUGUGGUGUGAGAGUGCAGACAGAGGAACGCUACGCUAGUGUUCUAGUUAGUUGUUGCCAAUUGAAAUGCCCUGCUUUCAUCAGUCCAGUGGAGAAUGAAUUCAUUUUAUUCAUGAAGUAUCAACAGAGUUGUACAUGGGGAGGGGGGGAUUUUCUAUUCUAUUUUAUUGCGUUUGUUUUGUUAAACAUGUUCUAUGUGUAUUUUCACAGAAAUCUGUGAAAUGUAAAUGUCAUGUAGUCUAUUUUAAGAUGUUACCUGUUGAUGCAGGAGAUGAGCUGUGUGUUCUUGUUGUCUCCUGAAAUUACUGAACUUCCAGAUAUCACUCAAGCAUUUUGUAAAAUUUGUUUCAGUAAACACAUUUGCUUGAGGUCUA